AUGUCUGCUAGUCUAUUUAGAGAGAAAUCUGUGGCCGAAGUGAGGGACAUUUCUGUUCAAUUGAGUAGAGAUGUGGUUAAACUUCGUGAGGAAUUUGGGAAGGCAUUGAAAAGCAACUACCAAGCUGUUGUCGAUACCAAUGAGCAGAUACACUCUCUUUAUGAGAAUAUCCAGGAUUUGGAUUCAGAUCUUUUGCAAUUGUGCUUUGGUGAUGAGGAUUUGUUGCCCAGGAUGAAUGAUACCGAAUUGCCAUCCAUGAAGGUGGCUAAGCGAAGAGGAAGUGACGGUACUUAUGGUCGAGAGUCAUCGUUCUCUAGCUCGGUUCAGAAGCAACAUCUUGAGGAGUCCUAUGACUUCAACAUAGAUGAGGUACAGAACACCCUCAAAGUGAGUUCAUGGGUAGUAGCAUUGACAAAAUUCAAACGUGAUCCUUCAGUGUCGGAUAGCUUGGACAAGCUUUUGUCUUCUUUCUCGGAUUUGCCGAUAACUGGAAAUGUAUUGGAUUACUGUGAAAAACUAGGGGAAUGGGUAAUAACGGAAAAGCCGUCAUUAACCUUAGAUCAAUACCUUUCGCUACUGUCACUUACAGAAGAAUCAAAAUAUCAAUUUGAUAGCAGAGUUCAUACUUGGCUGUUUGAUCAAAUUGUGCAGCAUCCGGAUAUCUUAUCUGGAAGCGUUUCGCCAAAGGUCGCUCAGUUCAUGAAGACCGAAAGCUUCCGUGAAGCUAUGUCUAACAGACUGAUAUCACAAUAUGAGGCCGAAUUGAAAAAUUGGAAUGCCCACAAAGACGACGAAAUCAAGGAACCUGAAUUGAUAGAUCCAUAUGAUACAGACAAGAAGACUUCAACUCUGGUAAAAGAUAUUACAAUGUACGAAUUAGGACUCACUGACUCUAGAAGGAUUCUUCUUCAUGAUUGCAAAGAGAAAGUAUCUGAACUGCUAGUACAUCUAAAAUCGUUCACAAGUGAAACUCAGUAUCGACAGAUUACCGAUAAACUCAGCCAAAUGCUGGAGAAAGAGCGUAUCAGAAUAUUGGAAGAUAACAAUGGAGAUAAACCAAGUUAUAGCGCAUCCAAUAUGAAUACGCUUGUCGAUGCCCUUCUGCUAGAAAGAAAUAAUUCUCAUUAUGUAACUUAUCUUUCUAUGUAG